GAUGUCUCUCUCCGUUCUCGGCGCUUCUUAUCAGGGACAUCUGCCGCGCCGCGGUGGUCAUGGACAAGAGGCGUUGCGCGGUUCAUACGCCAAUCUUCCAUCCGACGAUAACCUUCCAUCGAUACUGUACCUAGCUCCUGCACCCUGCAUGGGUCCGUGAACAAGUUUUAUAUCGACUCCACCUGCUCUCUCUUAUCUUUCGAUCCAUUGCUAUUCGUUUUGUGUACCCGCCAGUGUGAGAGACUGACGUUUGCUCACCAUGGACAUCAAAGGCAAGCAGCCGUCCACCUGGGACCAGUACGACGGCGUGCAAGGCGCGUCGGUAGGCUCGCAGGGCAGUUGCGUGCAGUGGGACGAGCUCGAACGGCGGCCCAGCGAACAGAGCGCAUCGAACACAGGCACAUCCUCAGCGAUCAAUGGCACUUUACGACGAAGGAGAUCCUCGGUAUCGCAGCAAUUGCAGGCGCUGGGCGAUGCAGGCGGCGUCAACAGUAUCAACAACUUCGCCCGCUCGUGGCAGCGUGCAGCAGGCUUCUUCGAGAUCACACCCAUGCGCCCAAGCUUCCGCGUAGAGAGCGACGACGACGACGACGACGAGACACCCACCGCCGAGUUCCCACGCACUGGAUUUGUCCCAAGUUCUCUCGCAGAACAUCGCUCAGCCCUUCGCCAUGCGCUACAGACAGAGGGAAGGCGCACGUCUGACCAGGCAGUCGCAGUCGUGGAUGAGGAGAGCGGCGCCAACGAGAACACACGCCUUCUGCCGAGGGACUCACAGCAACGAUUGCGGGGACGUGGCGACAGCAUCUUCAACAUCGAGCCUUCGCUGUCUUCGCCGUUCGGUGGAAGUUAUGGUACAGCCUAUGGCAGCUUGUCUGCACGCGUCAACGACUCUUCGAUGCGCCAUGCUAGACGCCUGUUCACUGAGCAGCAGCUAAAGGGCGUCCAAGAACCAGAGCAAGAGCGAGAACCAUUACUGGUCAAGCAAGUCGAAGAGGACGGACACAUCAUCAACGUGGUAGUUGGACAAUCGACACUUCCGCAGACCAUCUUCAACUCCGUCAACGUUCUAGUUGGUGUAGGGCUGCUAACGCUGCCCCUAGCUCUGAAAUACUCUGGUUGGGUGGUCGGCAUGAUCUUCCUCGCCUGGUCUGCCGUGGUCACCUCGUAUACCGCGAAGCUGCUUGCCAAAUGUCUGGAUGUGGACAGCUCCCUCAUCACCUUCGCCGACCUGGCCUACGUCUCCUUCGGCAACAAAGCUCGUGUUGCUGUCAGCAUACUCUUCUCCCUCGAGCUUCUGGCAGCAUGUGUUGCCCUUGUCGUGCUCUUCGCUGACAGCAUGGAUGCUCUGAUCUCUGGAUAUGGUGUCCUUACAUGGAAGAUCGUUUGUGGUGUCAUCUUGAUCCCUAUGAGCUUUCUCCCCCUGCGCAUGCUGUCGUUUACGUCCAUCUUGGGUGUCAUGUCCUGUUUCGGCAUCACACUCGCUGUAUGGGCAGACGGUCUCAUCAAGGCUGACGCUCCUGGAUCCAUCCGUCAACCCAUGGCUCAGUACUUGUUCCCUGAGAACUGGAUGACAAUACCCCUAUCGUUCGGUCUUCUCAUGUCCCCUUGGGGCGGCCACUCCGUAUUCCCCAACAUCUAUCGAGACAUGAGACACCCGUACAAGUAUCGCCGUGGUGUCAACAUCACCUACAUCUUCACCUUCAUGAUUGACAUCGGCAUGGCCUGCGCCGGUAUCCUCAUGUUUGGUGAAGGAGUAAGCGAAGAGAUCACCAACAACAUCUUCAAAACUGCAGGCUACCCACCAGGGCUGUCCGUCUUCAUCGCCAUCUGCAUCGCCAUCAUUCCACUCACCAAAGUCCCGCUCAACUCACGCCCUAUCGUCUCUACACUUGAGGUUCUCUUCGGCCUCGACACACGCGCCAUGGCAGUCUCGAGCUCUCUCAACGGCAUGUCGGGCCUCAACCGAGGUUUUUUCAAGGUCACGCUACGCAUCGUGACAAUUAUUGUCUUCGUGGUUAUUGCCAUUAUCUUCCCGUCGUUCGACCGCAUUAUGACCCUUCUCGGUAGUGUUGCUUGUUUCUCUAUCUGCAUCAUCCUACCGGUCGCCUUCCACCUGAAGCUUUUUGGCAAGGACAUCCGAGCAGGGGAGAAGGCACUGAACUGGGCUCUGAUCAUCUUCAGCACCAUCUUGGCCGUUAUCAGCACGGGUUUCGCCUGUGUGCCAAAGGAACUGAUUGGCGCUUGAUGCGCAUUUCUUGGUAAUCUCGACCACCCUAUAACAGCGGUGGGAACUUAUUCGCUAUCUAAUGUCGUUUUGAUCUGUAUCUGGAUGUUGGGCAUUCGGAGCUGUAUAUCUAUAGCAUGUUCAGGCGCACUCUGCUGCAUCGCAUUUGUUGGCUGUCUGAUUAUUUCUAUCAAAUUGAAUCUCGAGGAAACCACCGACACCUCACCAUCUACAUUCAAUUUCCUUCGCUACCUGUCACCACCAACUAUCUUUGAUGCAACUGCAGCUCGCCGCCUUCCCAGUUACUGUGGGCCUAAUAACGGAUGUCUUCUCCGCAACAUGGAGUGCCCAGAAUGGAUAAG